CCCACCUAGUCGUGUCACCUCCAUGGAGGGGCCGAACAAACGCCCAUCAAUUCCUCCUCAUCACCACCUUGACCCAGCUGCUCCAUUCUCCUCCCAUCUUUUCUUCCCACCUGUUCUCCACACCUUAUAAUCCCCCCUGUGUCAGCAAAGAUGGCGCAAGCAAACUUAUCCAAUAUCCUGUCAGCCGCGGCCGUGGACCUCGCCCCUUACGAGGAUCUAUACAAGCAUUUCCACUCAAACCCCGAGCUGUCACUGCAAGAAAAAUCCACCUCCGAAAAGGUCGCCGCCCACCUGUCCGCGCUGCAAUCGUUCGAAAUCCACACCAACAUCGGAGGCUACGGGCUGGCAGGAGUCCUCCGCAAUGGCGACGGGAAGACCGUCCUCCUGCGCGCUGACAUGGACGCGCUUCCCGUCCAGGAGCAGACGGGGCUGCCCUACACGAGCACAGUCACCAUGCGCGACCAAGACGGUAUUGAGAAGCCCGUGAUGCACGCCUGUGGUCACGACAUGCACAUGACCUGUCUGCUUGCCGCUGCGGAGACGCUCGUGAAGAACACGCACGCAUGGAGCGGGACGCUGAUAGUGCUGUUCCAGCCGAACGAGGAGCGGGGCGGCGGUGCGCAGGCGAUGGUCAACGACGGGCUUUACUCGAAGAUCCCCCGGCCUGAUUAUGUCUUCGGUCAGCAUGUGAUGCGCCUGCGUGCGGGGAGUGUGGCAUCGCGGCCUGGCACGAUCAUGGCUGCUGCUGAUAGCAUGAAGAUCACGCUCUUCGGGCGUGGGGGCCAUGGGUCGCUGCCGCAUCAGACGGUGGAUCCGGUGCUGUUGGCAGCGCAUGUUGUGGUGAGGUUGCAGAGCGUUGUGAGCAGGGAGGUGGAUCCCAGCGAUCUGGCGGUCUUGACGGUGGGGAGUCUGAAGGCCGGGCAGACGGAGAAUAUCAUUGCGGACCGGGCUGAGAUCGGCAUCGAUUUCAGGUCUGUCAAGUUGGAGACCCGCGACAAGAUGCUCGGAGCAAUUCAGCGCAUUGUUCGGGCCGAAUGUUUGGCGAGUGGGUCUCCCAGGGAGCCGGUGUUCACGCCUACGAGGAGGUUCCCCCCGACUUCAAAUGAUGCCGAUGUGGCGUCUCAGUUGGCUGCGUCUUUUUCCAGCCAUUUCCAACAUUUUGAUGGCGACACGCAGCGAACUAAUGUCAGUGAAGACUUUUCCACGCUGGCUACGUGUGACGGUAUUCCAUCCUGCUUUUGGUUUCUUGGGGGCGUGGAUCCGCGCGUUUGGGAUCAGGCCCAGGGGGUCGAUCACCUCAUGGACCAAAUUCCCGGGAAUCACUCGGCUCUCUUUGCCCCUGUUAUCCAGCCAACUAUGAGGGCUGGAGUGGAUGCGUUGUGCAUAGCCGCUUUGACGUUUUUGACAAAAUGACCUUGCCAUCAGCCAGUGCCACUUAGUACGUAGUUUGGUGCACACUAUCGGGAUAACGACUAUUCUUGAUUAUAGUCGCUUGUUUUAUCUAAUGUGUUAUAACUUAUUAGGCCAUUAAUAGACCAAUACGUGAUACUAGAGUUAUCAGGAAGACCUAGCGUCCCGCCGUGGAGAAGGAUGCCAUCUAGCUUCGUACAUGACUAUCCGCUCCAAGAAACGAACUUCUCGACACACACACACACAGCACUACAGCAUCACGCCUAAGCAUGGCUUGUAUAUAAUGGAAACAUGGAUCGGCCUGGUUUAUGCCAAUCUGCUUUCCCCAACUCCCAGCAAUCUCCAAUAAUUCCGCAUCCAAUCCAACCUUUCUCGAAAAUAGCCAAGGUAACGACUAGUCGGUCAGGACGAUAUCGCCGUCUCCACCAUACCCCGCACAGAUAACCCUAUAGGAAAGCUCGGCCCUAUCGUGUUCUCCGCACAUCCAACAAAACCCCAUCCUUAUAACAGAUACUGUCUGUGAUGUGUGGCCGGGAUCCAUCCGUUCCAGGGCCGUAUCCGGGUUGGUUAUA